GGGACAUUAGACGCCGCCUGCAUCUGUCACUUUCAAGAAAUUAAAAAUUGAGGUUAUCCGACUCCCGAGUCUGGUUUUCUGUUAGUAUUUAUCAUAAUGUCAAAGAGAUUACUUAAUGCUCUGGAAUAUCCACAAGUAGACUCUCUAGAUCUGAAUGAUGAAAAUACCUUCAGGAAGGUAAUAGCUUGGACAGAAAUGAAUAGAAUCCAGAGAGCACCUCCAAAUAUAGUGAACAUACUCAAAAAUAUCAAUGCAAGAGACUGGCAGGAAGUAUACACAGAUUACAAAGAUCGUAUGGGAUGUCCUGCUCUGAGUAGCAAACUUGAGGAACUGCAUUGGCUGUUAGGAUAUGCUGUUCAAUUAGAAACUCAAAAAAAUAGAAAUGUAUAUUUGAAACAUGCUGUUGAGAACUUACAAAGUACCAAUGUAGUGCCAUCUGUUGUUGCUGAGAAUCUUUUGGACAAGCUGGACUUUAGAUGCAAAGAGUUUGCAGAUGGUAUCAAUGAACUGGCAAAAACAUUGAAAACUGCACCUCAUCCAGAUCCUUUUGUGACACUGAAAGCUGUUAGAAAAGUUAUCACUAAAAGAUUGGCCCCAGAUUGUGUAGCAAACCCACAAAAUUACAUUCUGACAGGUACUCCUUUCCCAAUUCAAGAUGCAGAUCUGGGUUUUGAUUUGAACAAUGCCACCCUGAAUCAGGCAGCAAAGAUUUUGCGGAUGCUGUACAUUCAGGACUUGAGAGAUUUGCAGACAAAAGCCAAUGAGCUCAUAGUAGCUGUGCAAGGUGUAACUGCUAAUCCAAAAACUGACACAAAAUUGGGACAAGUUGGAUACUAAUCUCAAAUGAACAAUGACUGUAUUUGCCUAGAUUUAAGCACUGUGAUUAAAUAAAUCAUACUGAUA